AAAUCUAUACAGUGCCUUGACCAGACUAGCUCUAGCCUUAAGGGUGAUUAAAAGGUUUCUGUGCAAUUACUUGAGUUACGGUUCUGAAUUUUGUCGUUAACCAAAUCCGUCGAGCGUGAAAAACAUCUAUAAAACAAAACUUCUUGACCCGUAUAGCAAUUACAAGUUUUCGAUAAAAGCCAAAGGGUUAGAAUGCUCAAUAAACAAUUUAAUUAAAUUUCAUCUUAUGGCGUGUCUCAUCUGAUAAUCAUAGCAAAUUUCGAAAAUAAAUAGAAAAAACUCUGCCGUUCAGCAUUACAAGAAGUUGGAAAGGCGGACAGCGGGGAACCAGGUAUAGGAGGACCAUAGACGUUUAUGGCAGGAAUUUGAGAUUUAUUCUCGGGACGUUAAUGUACGUUUGAUCACCGAACAUCCAUAUCACAUUUCUUUCUUGCAAUCUUUGAAUCAUCAAGAAUUUUUUGCACACUUAAUUUUACACACAUUCUAGAACCGUUUAAAACGUUCCCCAACUUUGACAUCAUAUUAUAGCAUGAACUACAAAUAUGUAGGUGUGGAAAAAUGUUCAGAAUUUAUUACUAAACAUGGCUUAAAAUUCGAUAAAUCGUUAUCUUGAAUUGUCUCAACGUGAUAGAUAUGCAAAUAAUGAUGAAGAUAUUCAAAUAAUCAUUGAACUCUUGUUUUUCCGUCCUUAGUUUGUUAGAUGUAAUUUUUUAAAGCUAAGACGUGCACGUAUACGUCCAAAAAUACAUUUUCUUCAUUGAUAACCACUAAACUGGCUUACGAAAAAAAAAUAUAAUUGGUUAUUAAACCAGACAUUAAAGAACAAUUCGUUAAGUGGUGUAUUAUUAUAGAUUCAUAAUAAUGUCUCUUGUCGCAGCAUAAACCUAUUAUUUGGCCAUUGUAAUGUAUCAUUGGUGUGUUUCUCCUGGACAAAUAAUCGUUUGGUACAGUGGUCAAAGUGCCUGUUGCAUUGAUUUCACAGCAGUUGAAAUUGGACGAGUUGAAAAUCUGUAGAGUAGACAGACGACAGUCAAUGAUAGACUCGUCGAGUAUAAAAGCACGCGAGGCGAUUCAAGCGUGUAUUGGUGACAUCUCAUGAUAAAAUAGUGGUUUGGGUUCACUGACUGAAGAAAAGAAAAAUGGGAAAGGGAAAGAAAAAAAAACUGAAUUGAUUGAUCUAAAAGAUAUAUUUACGUAAUGUUUCAACGCAAGGGGGACAAAUCUGUUGCUUAGUUUUGACAGUGUAAAAUUUUGGUUUACAUUUUUUUUCUUGUGUGUAUGUGUUCUGCGAAUGUUAAAAACUAUAUUUGAACUAUGGAAGUUGGCUGCUAUCUGACGCUGUAAUCGAUUUCUCCAAAAUAAUACGGGAUGUCAGUUUGAUUGUUCGCCUUAUGAGAUUUCCAUAAGAAUUGUAAUCAUCGCCUUAUUAGAAAGUUUGGGAUCUUGUUUCAAUGUCGGUAUUGACACUUUAAUGUGAAGCUAUUUCUUAAGGUUGGGACGAAGAAUGACGUCUUUUACAUCUACUAUGUGGAAUAUAUGAUGGUGACUUACAAACAGCUAGUGGUGCAGACUUCUUGGACGUUUAAAGUUGAGGAAUUAUAAUAGGUACCAGUUUAUAGGUAGGAAAUGAUUUAGUGUAUGACCGGAAAUGGUUUCCAAAUAUGACAUUGAAAUCUGAUCAAAUGGUUUAAGCUGAUGUUAUGGUGGAUUUCUCUUGAAAUUGAAGAACGUUUUUUGGUAUAUAACAAGCUGUUUCUUGCCAGAAAUAUGAAGUUCGAGGAAUAGAUACGUAAUUAAUUACUUCCAAUCACGUGAUUAAUUAUUUAUACAAAUAUAAGAACUGUUUUAUUCACUUGACGAUUAUUCAUAUCAAAUCGGAAAACUGGAGACAUACAAUUUACAACCAGACUUGAAAAAAUGAUCACGCCAAAUUAUGGCCUGUAUGUGGAUUCUAAUAUCAGUUCGGAAGUGGACGAACUCGAUGACGACAUUCCCGACAAUGUCGAAAGUGAGAUUACGAUGUCCACCCAAUACCUUGUGUUGGCAAUAUCUAUCGGAAUAUAUUCAGUACUUGGAACAGCGGGAAAUCUGCCAGUUUUAGUUGUGUACUUUCGAAAACGGGACAAAAAAGCUGCAAAUACGUUCAUUCGUGUGUUGGCCGUAAUUGAUUUAGUGGUUAGUGCCAUGAUAAUGCCGUACACCCUUAUCUAUGAACUUCAUAUGGUGCAAUCUGACAUCAUUUGUCGAGGUGUAGAGUUUUUGCGGCAUUUUACAAUCAUUGCGUCCAAUAUGACGUUGGUAGCCAUUGCCGUCGAACGCUACUGUGCCGUGUGUCGUCUGUCUCAACGAUUCAGUGUACAGAAUGUGAACCAAGGAAUGUUAGUGAUGUUGACGGUUAGUUUAAUAUUAGCUUUCCCGUCCAUUGGGAUAUUUGCCGUGGUGCCAACGUCUACUGUUCAAGAUAUAAACUGUUCAUUUCCGCAUGUUUCUAAUGACACCAUGGUUUGUCAUUUUACAACUGCUAUUGUUGGAGAAACGGUUGCUUAUAUUUAUCAAUCGGUGUUAAUGCUUUCUUUUUUUAUUACUCUGAUAAUGAUUGUGAUAUUUUAUUCAAUAGUUUAUUCUGUCUUGUGGAAAAGAGCCAAAUUAAGGAGAGCGAGAAUGAAAUAUAUUGGAUCGGAUUAUGCCGAGAGAAGUCAAGCGUCAAGUGAGACAUUCGAGUCUAGUAUAUAUACGGCACCAAGCCAGAAUUCUAAGCAGUCCAGUGCGCCCAGUCAGAAUUCCAAACAGUCGAGUGCGCCCAGUCAGAAUUCCAAACAGUCGAGUGCGCUCAGUCAGAAUUCCAAACAGUCAAGUGCGCUCAGUCAGAAUUCCAAACAGUCAAGUGCGUUCAGUCGGAAUUCCAAACAAUCUAGUGCGCUCAGUCAGAAUUCCAAACAGUCUAGUAAUAAAACCAAACCGCCGGGCGUAACAAAAGUACCAAAACGCGAUAUGAAAGCCACAAAAGAUCUCAAAAAUCGAAGACACAACGCCCCCGCUCAUAGAAACGAAAAAUCCGAAAAUGGUAAAAACAGAGACCGCGAAGUAAAAAUAAAACCAGAAAAGUCAAAAACUAAAAAGGAACAAACGAAAGUUAAAACUAAAGAAGUCAAAAAUAAAGGACUUAAAUCAACAUCUGAAAGUGGAGACUUAAAAACCGUGUCCAAGGAUAUAAAGAUCGGGUCAGAAGACUCGAAAAGUGAACCUAAAGACUUAAUUACUGUGACCGUAGAUUUGGAACACGUUUUGGAGGACUUAGAGACAGCGGUUGAUGGGUUCCAAAAUAAAUGUGAUGAUUUAAAUAACGGGCCGGAAGUGAUAUAUACUAACCCUGAUGAUGUAAAAGCAAAAUUGGGCUUGGAUCACGCGAACAGUCAGAUCUCCAAAACUGAACUGAAAGCGCAUAACAAUAAAUCCAUGGAUUGGAAAAAUGAACCCGAAAACUUAAGAAGCAUAUAUGGAGAUUUAAAAACAAUAUCCGGGGACUUGAAAAUGAAGUAUGCGGGUUCUGAAAGCAGUACGACCACAGGAAGUGAUCAGUCAUUGCCCUCGACAAGUACUGAGCACACAGUUAGUGACGAUGUUCAAAUAUCUGUAAACUCAACAACAACUUUAACACGAACCAGACAUCGUAAUCUACAUCAUCGCACUGCGAAAAUGUUAUUUCUGUGUACCGUCAUCUAUGUGGUUUCGUGGAUGCCAUUCUGGUUUGACAUCUUCGGGGCAACACGGAAUGUGGUGCUAAGGUAUAUGUUCUUUUUGGGAAAUGCUACAAAUCCUCUCAUAUACGGUAUUGUAAACGAACAUGUCCGAAAAGCAUGCCUGGGUCUAAUAUAUGAGUGUAAACUGAAAGUUAAUAUGUUAUGUAAUAAUAAUAAAAAUAGUCACCAUUCUAAAUCUAAAAAUGCUCAUCGCCACAAAAGUAGAAAAUAACUGAACAAUUAUGAAUUAAAAUAAUACUUCUUAAAUACAUUAUAUAUAUAUAUAUUUUUAUU